GUCCUCUGGCGGAGAGGAGCCAUACUGAUUGAGUGUCGGGUAUAAAUGUAGAGUUGCGGAUUCUAGAUCGAUUUAACUGACGCGAUCUCGCAUGAAAAACGGUCAAAACAGGAUUUUAUAUUCAUUUUAUAAAAUUCUUUGUCACGAAAGCUUUUGGGGAGAGAAAAAAUUUUGAAUGGAUAUCGAGUUGAUAUUAUCCACAUAUCGAUUUGACUGGAAAAAUUUCGAUUUCAUAACGAGCUGCUUUCUUUUCCGUGUAGCUGAAGAUAUAUUUCGUGAUUGUAUAGGUAUGGGACUGUAUCAUUAAAGUAACUCUUGGUAUCUGAUUAAGAACCUAGCAAGCGGUUUUUAAGUUUCCAUUUAAACAAGUUUUUUCCAAGAAACUAGAAAAAUCCUAGUACAAAAACUUAUAAGAUAAAUUUGUAAUAAAAAUGUACUCACAUAGACUGGAUCAGCGUCCUGACGCGCCACCAAGGGCGGCACGUGCAGUGUCGCAUCCAAAUCAGCCCCAUACUUCGAGAAAAACUGCAUUUGCAGUAAGACCAGCCACGAUCCGAGUAAAGGAUCUCCCUCGUGUCCAGCUCCCAAAACGUGGAAAUGGUGCAAAAUCAGCUGCGAAAGCUGACCAACAUAAGGUACCAGCCACAACAGAGAGCCAGAACACGCUGAAAACGAAAAAAAGUAGUUUUUUCGGACGAAAGAAGGAUGAAAUAAUUGCGAGUCAAAAAAAAGCCACGGCUAUGAAUGGACUAGGACGCGACACCCCCGUACCACAGCACCUAAAAGUUAAGACAUCGCGUAUUCUCUAUACAACUGACGAGGAGGUGCGCGACGCUCUCAUGGAGUUUGGAGUUUUCAUCAUCUUCCUUGUCCUUACAUCUCUGGUAACUUUGUCCGUGCGUCACCCUCAUAUGUUCUACUUUAAUGAUACGAUGAUGAAACUGUUUACUACACGCAAUCUGACUGUGGUCCCAUCAGUGACGGUCUCCUUUGAGAAGAUGCUCACCGUCCCAGAUUGGUGGGACUAUUUGGUAUACAACUUUAUAAAUACAUUGCAUGGAGAUAUGACCAGCAGCACUUCAACAAGCCCACGAUCUAAAUCCGUUAACGAAGCCAAAACCGAUCGGAGCUCAUUCAAGUCCGGCGAAGAUAUCCUGUAUGGGGAGGAUGGGGAUGUUGAACGCAAUAAUGAAUCCUCUAUUAGGAAAAGAGACACUGGACCAGGACUACCUUACGGCGAGCUCGAUGAAAUCGACAGGGACGAAAAUCUCGAUGGCCUGGACCUGGACCUUGACCUGAGCGAGCAAAUCGGCGAAACCACAAAAAGUCGUAGUGCUCGUAGCGAUACUGCCGAAGCUGUCCCAUGGGCUGAAACCAGCCUUAAUUUGACUACCCAUCUCAACGGUCGCUUAUUCUUGCACGAGAACCUUAUGCUUGGUCCACCACGCCUACGGCAGAUUCGCGUUAGCAAGAACAGUUGCCAAAUGGACGGUAACUUCCCUCAGAACUUCAACACCUGCUAUGCCGCAUAUUCCAAUGCGGCCGAAGAGAACACCGAAUGGCACAAAGGUACUCGAUACCGAACAAUGCGCGAACUGGGCGCCACCCCGAUCUUGACUUUACUGGCCUUCUAUCGCUCUGGUGGGUACACUGUUGAUCUGACCUACGACAAGGAUGAGAAUCUGCAGAGCAUAAAUAAACUGAAAAGCGUUAAUUGGCUGGAUCGCGGUUCGAGGCUGUGUUUGGUGGAGUUCAAUCUGUUCAACGAAAACAAAGACAUCUUUCAGAGCGUUAAACUUAUUGCUGAAAUCCCCCCCACGGGUGGUGUCAUACCGCAGGCGCAUUUGCGAACAGUCAAAGAGUAUUCUUUUUUCACCGAUAUCAGUCUGACCAUGACUGUAGUCUAUAUAUUCUGGUAUAUAAUGGUAUUUUACUACACCAUUUGUGAGAUCAAUGCAUUCUGCAAGUCAGGAUGGAAAUCCUACUUUACAUCAUUAAUGAACAUUCUUGAUAAUAUUGUGUUAGUGUUUUGUUACCUGGCCUUGUUCUACAACAUUUGGCAUACCUUCAGAAUGAAAUCCAUUACAUCCAAGGCCCACGCGCAACAGCACUAUCAAAGUAUCGAUGUUCUCUGCUUAUCGAAUUUGAUCUAUGUGGAUAUGAUGGCUGUUUUAGCAUUUUUGGUAUGGAUAAAAAUAUUCAAGUUUAUCAGUUUCAACAAGACACUCAUUCAGUUCACAACGACUUUAAGAAGGUGCUCUAAAGAUUUGAUUGGAUUCAGUAUUAUGUUUGGCAUUGUUUUUUUGGCCUAUGCCCAACUGGGUCUUCUGCUUUUCGGCACUGAGCAUCCAGAUUUUAAUAAUUUUUUGACCUCAGUAUUAACAAUGAUCCGCAUGAUCCUCGGUGAUUUUCAGUACAAUCUUAUUCAGCAGUCCAAUCGGGUGCUCGGGCCCAUCUACUUUCUCACCUAUAUUGUGCUUGUGUUCUUCAUCCUGUUGAACAUGUUUUUAGCCAUCAUCAUGCAAACUUAUAACUCAGUGAAGAAUGAAAUCACUCAAGGACGCAGCCAAUUAGCCUCAUAUGUCAUUAAGAAACUGGCUGGUGCCUUCUACUGGAUAACUCACUGUGGCCGUGAGCGUCGUUUUCGGUUAGCCCAGCCAGCAUCUGCAUUCAAUGAAGCUGAUCAGAAUUCCACGGCCACAGAAUUAAAGCAGCCUAAGCUGCUGAGGAGGAGCAUGACCACAGAAGAGGCACGGUAUUUCGAAAAUAUUCCUCCCGAUGUUCAGAAUAGGGAAUUGUUUCGUCUUACCAAUCGCGUAAGUCUGAUUGAAGAAGUUCUCGAACAGCUUGUUACCAAUAUUGAUAGCAUACUGCGACGCUUUGAGAGACAACAAGGUGUAAAGAAGACCUAAGCUCGAAAUAUCUAUAUGGUCAAAAUCUUCCCAAAAACGCAUGAAUAUUUGUAAUUUUAAUGUUUAUGAUAUUUGCAUUCAAAAUUUAACACAUAGGGAGAUUUUCUGUUAAUAUA